CUUUAUAACACCCUGUCGGUAGUCACCCUCAGUAGAACACCCACUUUAACUCCCUUUGCCAACCCCCUAUGUACCAAAGAGGGUUGCAGAGUGCGCGUUAGUCGCUGCGUCGUUUUUACGUUUCUCCUCAGUGUACCGUUCGCCGUCGGUCGAAAUCCACGUGUGUUAUGUAACACUCCCGGAAUCGUAACUGUCAUCGAACUAUUUCAUAAAUUUUAUUUCCAACAAGCAAAAAUAUAUUACAGAAAAAUGUAUUUAUUUAUUAAUUAUUGAUAACAUACUUAGUGGCGUGCAAAAAAUUUAUUUUAUGAUAAAAUCAUUGUAAAAAAUUUUUAAAUUAUUUUCCACGUGUCUUGUACUCAAGCAACUUGUUUGUACUAAAAGUGAUAAUUAAAAAAAAAAAAAAAUUCAGUUAUCAAGUGAUAUUUCUUCGACGGAAAAAAAAUAAUUAUGCCGAAUAAUUAUUGAUAUUAUUAUUGUUAUUAAAUAAUGAUGUGAUUAUGUAUUAAAACAAAAAUGAAAGGGCAAUUUAUGGUUAAUUUGAAAUUGUAAUGGGCUACUGUGAACGGAAAAAAAAUAAUCAACAAUUACCAUAAUUUUUGGAGUUAAUUGGUCGAGGAAAAAAAAAUAGCGUGCUGUAAAAAAUUCAAAUACUUAAAUGCUUUUAUUUUCACACAGAAAAUAAAAAUAAAAAAAUGUUUGUGGUGAAACUAAUUUUUUUAGUGACGGUAAUUUUUUUUUUAAAAUAACGAAGCCCAAGUAAAGUGACAUCGAUUGUUAUACAACGACGACGGAUGCUUUGAAUGCUGUAAAUGUAUGAAGCAAGCUUAAUUAAAAAUAAACUUGUGCUACGCUGAAAAAGAUAUAGAAAAUGAUUAACUAGUUUGUUCUAAUUAAAAAAAUUAUUGUUAUUAUCAAUUAGACAAUUGUAAGUUAAAAUUGCAAGACUGAAAAUAAGUUAUACAAUUAACACUCCAAUAUGUGGAAUGUUGUAUUAUUUUUGGGAUUAGUUAAACUUUUUGGUUUUACAUCCGGAAGCAUUUCUUCAAAAACUGAAAAGAGUGUCCCACUCGUGAAUGUAAGCGCUGUGGAAGGUGGAGCUGUUGAGUUACCGUGCGAUAUUACUCCAAUAGGAUAUGAUGCUCUGCAUAUGGUCAUGUGGUUCAAAGGUCAUGCAGGUGGAACACCUCUUUAUACAGUGGAUGUUCGAAACAAAGCGUUGAGUGACGCUCUACAUACUUCUGAUACAAGUGUCUUUGGCCCACGGGCAUACUUUAGAACAACUAUUUCACAUCCGGCUGUACUUGUUCUGGAUGACAUUAAAAGACACGAUGCAGCGAUAUACAGAUGCAGAGUGGACUUCCGCCAAGGACAAACAAGAAGCGUCCACUAUAAUUUGUCCGUUGUUGUUUUACCGGACUUGCCAGUAAUUUUAAAUCGAAAUGGACAGCUUGUCAAUGACACUGUUGGUCCUGAAGGAGAACGAGACGACUUAAUCCUCACAUGUCGUGUUAUCGGCGGGUCACCAACACCGCGGAUAAAAUGGCAUGUUCCAAAUAUAACUUUCGAGGAGUCUAUAACGAGUUCGCUUGAUGUAAUCGAGAACAAAUUGACAGUGAGGUCACUCCGUCGAGAGUCGUUAGGAACAAAUUUUACCUGCGAGGCGUCAAAUACUGACCUCGUUCCAUCAAAAAGAAAAUCUGUAAAAUUAGAUUUAAUUUUGAAACCUUUGACGAUAAAAGUAAGCAGACCCGGCUCUGCAAACAAAAAUGAAUCUCUACAAGCCAAACAUCGGUACGACUUGGAAUGUGAGACAACUGGUUCAAAUCCGCCUGCGGUAAUAACGUGGUACAAAGGAAAACGUCCGCUCAAGCACGUCAGCGAAGAAAGAAGUCAAAAUCUAACGAUCAGCAGGGUUGAGUUCGUCCCUAAUGUAGAAGAUAAUCGUAAAGCGGUGACUUGCAGAGCGGAAAAUCCAAAUGUUAAGGGUUUAUUUUUAGAAGAAUCCUGGAUUUUAAAUGUUGUGUAUCCACCUCUGGUGUCAUUAAGCCUCGGAUCAACACUGAAUGCCGGUGAUAUCAAGGAGGGUGAUGAUGUAUACUUCGAGUGUCACAUUAAUUCAAAUCCGUCUAUCUCAAAACUUAUCUGGAUUCACAAUAAUGAAAUACUGAUGCAUAAUACUUCAGCAAGAAUUAUUCAAUCGAAUCAAAGUUUAGUUCUGCAAAGUGUAACGCGAAACAGUGCUGGUUAUUAUGCUUGUGCGGCAACAAAUUCAAUACGAGAAACAAGGAGUGAACCUCUGCUCUUUCGAGUUAAAUUCGCGCCGAUUUGCAAAGAAGAUCAAAUAAUUGUUGUUGGAGCAUCACGAGGCGAAUCCUUAAAUAUUAGUUGCAAAGUGGAGGCAGACCCUCCAGUACGCAACUUUCGAUGGAAAUUCAAUAACAGUGGGGCAACCCUUGAAGUAUCGCCAAAACAAUUUACGAUACCAAUGCAUGGCGACACUGAUGGUGUAAGCAUACUAAAGUACACGCCAGUUACAGACGUCGACUACGGUACGCUCUCAUGUUGGGCGGAUAAUGAAGUCGGUACACAAGCCAGACCUUGUCUCUUCCAAAUUGUGACCGCAGGCAAGCCAUCUCCAGUACGAAAUUGCACUCUAGCCAAUCAAACGUAUACAAGCGUUGAAGUUAAGUGCAUUGCCGGAUAUGAUGGUGGUUUGCCUCAGAGAUUCGUUCUCGAGGUAUACCACGGUAACAUUGAUUCGUUGCCAGACAGCAAACCACAAUACAACGUUUCUUCAAGCGACGAGCCAAUUUUUUCACUCUCCAGUCUAGAUGUUCCAGUUGAUGCUGGAGUACAUGUUGCUGUUUAUGCUGUCAAUGCCAAGGGUCGCAGUCAGGCGGUUGUUCUUAGCGAAGUUACCUUCCGUGACGCUGAAAAACGUCAGGAUGCAGGAAUCGUAUUAUCUCCUCUAAUUGGUAUAGUAAUCGGUGCUCUUCUUACCCUCGUGUCUGUUGUCCUCGCAAUCGUAAUAAAAGCACGACGAGAACGAAUGUCAAAACCACGCCAUGAAAAGCCUGGCGAACUGAGAGAAUUACCACAACAGCAGUAUUCAAAUCCGAGUCCGCAACAAACAGUGGAAACUGAUCCAGAUGUUAUCCCAAAUAAAUUUGAGGAAAAUUUGAUGGAAGUUAGUCCGCCAAGUUAUCCAGGUAGUUAUUCAUCAACACAUUGGGUAACACCUGGUCCAACACCAAGUAUUGAUGAACUAUGUCAUAAAUUCACCGGAAGACCAACUGAACUGAGAUUACCAUCAAGAAGUACAAUUCCAAUACUUCCAAACUCAGCAAUUACGGGAGUGGUGGUUGGCGCUGGUCAGGGUGUUUUUGUUGCUGGCGAAUGCCUUGACGGUGAAGCGAUCAAGCGACGUCUUAUGGCCAACAGACUUCCCGAAAGUUGUGUUUAAAUUAAAUCUCCAACACCGCACUGUCAUUAUUUAUUUAUCUAGAUUGAUCAUAAAAAAAAUAAUAAUAAAAACAAAUUAAGAAAGUCUUUCUAGUAUAUUAAACAGGUAAAAAAAAAUAAUAAAAUAACUAAUAAUAAAGUUUCGCGUGCUUCCAAUUAAUAAAUGACGCGAUAGAACAUUCAUUUGAUUAUCGUUAUUAUUGUGUGAGUCGGUAAAUAAAUCAGGAUACAAUAAUAAUAAC